CUGUACGUUCAAUCUUUCAGCAAGAAGUAAGCAUUUCGCAUCAUGGAUGAAUCGAGUGCAACACGUAACCAAUACCUCGCUGCUAUUUGUGUAAACAUUAUUUCGCUUUCGCAUGGAGGAUUUUGCGGUUGGACAUCGGCCAGUUUUAUCGAGCUGCUUUCGCCAAACAGUCCCCUUAAAGCCGGCCCAUUGGACAACUAUCAACUUGGAUGGAUUGGUUCAUUGCUAUGUGCCGGAGGAGCAUUGGGAACAAUAUUUUUUUCCUGGUGUGCUGACAAAAUUGGUCGUAAACGUUCUUUAUUACUUAUCGGAUUGCCGGCUCUGCUUGGCUGGUGGAUAAUUCCAUUCGCUCAAAAUUCAUUGCACUUAUGCUUAGCAAGACUUUUGGGUGGCUUCGGUGGUGGUGGAAUAUUCUCUGUAAUACCAUUGUACAUUACAGAAUUUUCAGAAGAUAAGUCGCGCGGUAUUUUAGGAACAUUUUUAAUUGUUUCAUGCAACACUGGUAUUCUGGUCGCCUUCAUUUUAGGCAACUUUUUUACUUACAGUGCAGUUGCUUGGGCUUUAUCAUCGUUACCGUUAUUAUUCAUUUUAUGCUUUGCUUUCUUACCGGAAAGUCCUCAAUAUCUGAUCAAUCAAAAUUAUAUAAAGGAGGCUGAGAAAUCUUUGCGUUAUUUUCGAAAUGUAAAAUAUUCGAAACAUAGUCUGCCACUACCUGUUCAAAUGGAAAUGGACAAAUUAUUGGACAGAGCUCAAUCAACAGAAUCUGCACCAAACGAACCUCAAGUAAAAGAUCUAUACAAUCAUAAGGCACGUAAAGCUUUUUUAAUUGGUGUAGCCUUGAUGGCCUUAAAUCAGUUUUGCGGUUGUUUUGCUAUGAUCAACUACACGGCUAGUAUAUUUGAACAAUCGGGUUCGAGUCUCUCACCGAAAAUAUCUGCGAUUAUUGUGGGUGUAAUUCAAUUGUUAGGCUCAUGCGCAUCUACAUUGUUAGUGGAGAGAGCAGGCAGGAAGUUAUUGCUUGUCAUAUCAUCUAUUGGAACUGGCAUUGGACUCGGAUGUCUAGGUGGUUAUAUAUAUUUGAAUGCGAUUGGGUAUGACACACAACUAUUUGCAUGGAUACCAAUUGCUAGCUUCUCAUUUACUAUUUUUAUCGGCUGCUGUGGAGUCCUAACACUUCCCUUUGUUCUUGUAUCGGAGAUUAUGCCACCGAAAAUACGAAGCAGUGGAUCGAUGCUAUGCACUCUGUGUAUGUGGACUUUUGCAUUUGUUUUGAUUAAGUAUUUACCUUUGAUGAGCGCUAUAAUGGGAAUGCAUGGCAUGAUGUUUUUCUUUGCUAGUUGCAGUUUAAGCGGAGCUUUGUUUGUCAUCGGUUUCGUGCCAGAAACAAAGGGGAAGAGUAUUGAGACAAUUUUGGAAAAACUUUAAUUUUUAUGGAGAUAUGUAUGCAUUUAACUAUAUAUAAUUCCACGUUUACAUAGAAUCGAUCAUCUGUCUGCUCGUCAUUUUUUUUUUUAAUAUCGCGUCGCCGCCCGAAAAUUCCACACUCUUUUUAUGAUUCUCUUCAAUAAAAGAAAAUCAAUGGAGUUAUUUUUUGAAGAGAGAAGAAAAUGAAAUCUCUCGUCCCCAAAGACGAGAUUUGUUAUUGAAAAGUGUUUUUUUUUUUUUUUAAUGCCUAUUUAUAUACAACCAACUCUUAUUUUACGCGAUGUAUAAGUUGCCUUGAAAACCGCGCAAAAAAAUCGUGUAACAAAAUACAUCCGAUAUUUGGCAAAUUUGAGAAUAAGUUCCACAAAAAACCGUGCAAGAAAGGUGACGGCGAAGUUCAUAUUUAUCACAUAUUUAUAAAGCAGAGCAAAAUGCUAUCAUUGGUGGAUAUGUUAGAUAUGAACACUAUUGUCGGAUUUGAGUCAAGUGAAGAAUUUCUUUUGUUAUUAACGGCUUUUGUUGGUUUCUUUGUUCCUAUAAAGUCUGUUUAAAACUUUCUGUGGGACCAUGUCAAACUUUGAAAAAUAAAUCUUUUUUCUGCUUGCUCUUAAAAAAAAGAAAUUCGUCUAAAAAUGUGUAUUUGUCUUUAUUAGUGAACCCCGUUAUUCGAAAAUCGGGUGGAAAAAGAUUGCGUAAAAAAAUAGUUGAGUCUACAUAUUUGACCAACAAAGAAUGGAUUAGAAGGAAUCAUUUUAACGCGGCUAUAACAAACGUUACGUAAAAAAAAAGUGAAAACAUUAAAGUUGGGCUACACCGACUAUUAAAUACCCGACACCAUUUCGUCUAACACAGUUCUUUUGCAAUGGAAGCGAAAACUUAUACCCUGUUUUUAUCUGAACUUGAUAUUAUAGAACUGUAGAUUGGUAAUUAGAUCUCUUUGCAGGCUUACUUUCGGUAAGAAUGGUUAUGCCUAAGAGGUUCAAAAAUUCAGCAGAUAUCAAACUGCUAUUAUGGAUUAAUUUUCAUAGUAAAAUGUUAAAACUUAUACUUUUUUACCCUAAAAAACAAAAAUUUUCACGAAUAUACUUAUACGGGGUAGGAUUUAAAAAUAGGCACGUGCGGUCCAAAUUUGUUAGUAAAUUAUCAUUAUGAUCUAAUUUUCAUCAUGAAACUUUGAAAAUGAGACCUUUUUGUUAUAUGAACUUCAGUUCAGAGGGGAUUCAAACAAUUGCCACAGCCACAGUCCAAAGUUUUCGCACGAAUUUAGAAUGUCGAAAUACUAUUAUUUAGCCACUUCUGCGGAGAGAUUUUGAAAAUUGCAAUUUUUUUUUCCAUA